UCUCCCUCUGCCCUGACGUUUCUUUUUCCCCGUCCUCUCGCAGCCCGGAGGAGCUUCCCUUGGCUCCCCGCCGGCUCUCCCGGUGCCGGGGCAGGGUGCCGCGCAGGCCGCGGGAGCGGGACCGGCAGCCGGAGCCGGGACCGGGACCGGGAGCGUGAGGGGGAGCGGGAGCGGUGCCGCCGCCACCGGCGGGUGCGGAGCCGCCCUCACCAUGACGGCGGAGGAGAAGAGGAGCCUGCAGUGCUACCGGCGGUACAUCGAGAAGAGCCUGAACCCCCUCUACCUCCUGAGCAACAUGACGGAGUGGCUGUCGGACGAGCUGAAGGAGAGGAUCCGUAAGGAAGAGGAGAAGGGGGUGACGGCGGCCGCCGCGCUGUUCCUGGAUGUCCUCCUGCAGCUGGAGGCGGUGGGAUGGUUCCGGGGCUUCAUCGACGCCCUGGCUGCAGCAGGUUACACGGGACUGGCAGAAGCCAUUGAAAACUGGGACUUCAGCAAACUGGAAAAACUGGAGCUGCACAGGCAGCUGCUGAAGCGGAUAGAAGCAACGAUGCUAGAAGUUGAUCCGGUGGCACUCAUGCCCCACAUAAACAUGUGCCUGAUAGAAAGGGAGUGUGAUGAGAUCCUGCAGAUUAGCGAAUACAGAAGCAAAACAGCUGGGAUAACUAAACUCAUUGAAUGCCUCUGUCGAUCGGAUAAGGAAAACUGGCCGAAAAGCCUUCAACUGGCCCUAGAUUGCACAGGAUAUUAUAAUGCAAGUGAACUGUGGGAUAUGAGAGAAGAUAAUGGCAAAGAUGUUGAUGAUGAUAUCACAGAUGCCUCUGAGAACAGCUUUGAAACCACCAUGACAUUUUCUGAAGAAGCAGAAUGUGAUAACAAUCUCAGUGAAAAUCUCUGUUCAGCUGUAGGAGGGAUCGAGCAGCCUUCACCUGUUUAUGAACCAAAGAAGGCUCGGAGCUACCAGAUUGAACUUGCGCAGCCUGCUAUCAGUGGGAAAAACACAGUGAUAUGUGCCCCCACAGGAUCUGGAAAAACUUUUGUGGCACUUCUGAUUUGUGAACACCACUUGCAAAACAUGCCUGCAGGACGGAAGGGGAAAGUUGUCUUUCUUGCAACUAAAGUGCCAGUGUAUGAACAACAGAAAACUGUAUUCAAGCAGCACUUUGAAAGAAGGGGAUAUUCUGUUCAAGGAAUUAGUGGUGAAACAGCUGCAAAUGUCUCUGUAGAAAAGGUUAUACAGGACAGUGACAUCAUUGUGCUGACACCUCAGAUUCUUGUGAAUAGCAUCGAGGAAGGGAUCCUUAGCUCCCUCUCCAUCUUCACUCUGAUGAUAUUUGAUGAGUGCCACAACACUACGGGCAACCACCCUUACAAUGUGUUAAUGACCAGAUACCUGGAACAAAAAUUUGACUCCUCUGCAAACCAGCUGCCUCAGAUUAUAGGUUUAACUGCUUCUGUUGGAGUUGGUAAUGCCAAGAACGUCAAGGAAACAAUUGAGCACAUCUGUACCCUCUGUUCCUACCUCGACAUACAGGCCAUAUCCACUGUCAGAGAGAACAAAGAGGAACUGGAGAGAUUCAGCAACAAGCCAGAUACACAUGUCAGAUGGGUUAAAAUGCGAGUUCAGAAUCACUUUGCAGACAUUAUCUCAGGUCUGAUGUCUGAGACAGAAGUGUUGAUGAGGAAGAUUUACACAGUGGAUACUAUCUCCCAAAUCAACAAGAAUGAUUUUGGAACACAGAGAUAUGAACACUGGAUAGUUGCAACUCAGAAGAAAUGCAGACUGUUGCAACUGACAGAUAAGGAGAAGGAGAGCAGCAUUUGUAGGGACCUUUUCAUUUGCACCGAACACCUGCGGAAAUUCAAUGAUGCUCUCAUCAUCAGCGAAGAUGCCCGCCUUGAAGAUGCUUUAGCCUACCUCACUGAAUUUUUCACAAAUGUCAAAAAUGGACCGUAUACAGAGUUAGAGAAGAAACUGACAGCCAAAUUUCAAGAGAAAGAACCAGAACUGACUGCCCUUUCAAAAGACGAAUCAAAUGAGAAUCCCAAGCUGGAAGAGCUUGCUUGCAUCCUGGAUGAAGCAUACCGCUAUAACCCUGAGACUCGCACUCUUCUCUUUGCUAAGACAAGAGCCUUAGUAGCUGCUUUGAAGAAGUGGGUAGAAGUAAACCCUCUACUUAGCCACAUAAAGCCGGAUGUGUUGAUGGGUCGUGGAAGGAGAGAUCAAAAAACAAGUAUGACCCUCCCAAUGCAGAAGGGGAUACUGGAUGCAUUCAAAACCGACAAGGACAGCAGACUGCUAAUUGCUACAUCUGUUGCUGACGAAGGCAUUGAUAUUUCUGCAUGCAAUCUUGUUGUGCUCUAUGAAUACUUUGGUAACGUCACCAAAAUGAUCCAAGUCAGAGGUCGUGGAAGGGCAAGAGACAGCAAGUGCAUCCUUGUCACAAGCAAAACAGAAGUGGUUGAGAAUGAGAAACACAACCGUUAUAAGGAAGAAAUGAUGAAUGAGGCUCUUGAGAAGCUACAGAAUUGGGAUGAAGCAACAUUUGUAAGAAAGGUUGGUACUUCUGUGGAAUUUUCAUACUCAAAUCUACGGGCAUAAUCUUUAUCGGCCUUCAUCUACUAGGGCUCUAUCUAGGACCAAGUGAUAACCUGAGGAAAGUCUUCCCUGCCUUUGGCCUCAGAGCAAGGCUAGAUCAGCAGAGAGGGGCUAGUGUGUAGUGCUAGCUUGCAGAAUGCCAUCUGUACUGUAACUGUAAAAUACUCAGAAGUUGAGGUAGAAUUUAUAUAAACUUAGAAAUAAAACAUUUCUUAGAUCUUAGAAAUAAAAUAUAAACUAAUCUGUGCACUGGAAGGAAAAUAUGGCUGUGCCUGCUUGGGAUAGUGGACAGGGAGAUGGGAAGUUGUGCAGAUGGUGGUAAUAUAUCCAUCCAUAUUCAGGUUCAAAAGCACUUUAUCUUUGCUGUAGGUCAGUACAAGUGCUUUUCUGAAGUCGUUUGUCAUCAUGCCAUGGGAUUGAUUAUUUCAGAGCAGGAGUUUCUGGGAGAUCUCAAGAAACCAUUGCCUGGGACAUUAAUAGGAUGGCAUUUUGGGUUGUAUGCACUCUUCUCCUGGUGACUCCUUUUGUACUGCCUACAGUACUGUUCAUCUUUGCUUCAUGCAAUGUCAGGACAAUGAAUAAGCCUAGCAGAACACCUCAGCACACGUUCAGUGCUUUACAUGCACCCUGCUGUGUGCUGUACGCUUACCAGGUCAGAAAACAUCAUGAGUGUGGAAGGAAGUGUCAAGAACUUCUGGUGCUGAGGUGACAUGCAAGAGGUGUCUCGGGCUAAGCCAAUGGUGGACUUUUGGUCAGACAGGUUCCUGCCCAGCGCAGCAGGCACAUCUCCUCCGUGACCACCCUGCCUUCCCAGGUGCCCUUAUUUAAUAGGUACAAGGCUCUGCAAGUGGAACCAAACAAUGACAAGGACAAUGGUUCAUCUAGCUUGGUGUCACCAAGCUUAAGUUAAUCUAUGUCCUGCAUCAAAACCACUUCCAUAAAGAAAAAAAGAUGGGUCAUUGUCAUAGGAGACUCUCUGUGAGGGGAACACAAGGCCUAACAUGCAGACUGGACCCACUUCUUAGGGAAGUCUCUGGGGCAUGGAUUAAAGAUGUGAA